AGUAAAAAAAACACAGCUAAAGACGAAGGAGCUCGUGCAGGCCCAGGUUAGCAAUUUCUAGCGCGAUUAUUGCGUGGCCAUGUGUAAUGUCAAAAUGUUGAGAGAAUUAAUGAAGGAGCGACUGAACGCGGCCGCCGAAGAAAUAUUUGAAAUGUUUGAGAGAACUAUGGCAGACUACGAAGAAAAACUGGAGGAGAACGAACGACGAGAACACGAACUUGUCGCCACCGUUGCCGACCUUCGCUUUCGACUACACAAAGCCGUGCAGCAACAGAGUCGCCAAGAGGCUUCCUCUGAGCAGCGGCGGGAGCCGCGCAUCAAAAAGGAAGCGGAGAGCGUGUGGGGCGGUCAGGACGCGGAGAGGCUUCCCGAGCUAUUGCAACACACCCCACUUGGGGAGAGCCAACCCAAAACGGAUGGUCCUCACUGUGAAGACCUCCAAUCGGAACCGGACAGCCUCUUUGCUCCGUUGUCGGAUGUAGAUGACAUAACGUCACACUCCUCUGGCACCGCUCACAGUAAUGACGAGCGAGGGACUCGUAAGGACCGCGAAGGUAAUACGACUCAUCGCAAUCACAACGAGGAGUUUCUUUGCUCUCUAUGUGACAAAACGUUUUACAGCCAAAAAGGUUUGAGCAAUCACAUGGUAGCGCACACGGAAGGCGAACCUGUCGCUUGCUCCGAUAAAAGAUACUCCUUGAAGCAUUUUGCGAAGAGAGACGGUGAAAAGCGUGGCGAAGGAUCACCAACGGAACCUUCGGAGACAAAUAAGACCGCCGAAGGUCGCGAGACGGACGGCGGCGUCGACCAAAGCGGGUUGACGAAACACCCGGAGACGCGCACGAGAGACAAACCCUUUGCUUGCCCGCUUUGUCCUAAAAGAUUCUUUAUGAAGCAUCACGUGAGGCGACACAUGAGAAGUAAACAUACAAGGGAGGAAGCGCUGGCAACGGGAGCCGAUGCUGAAAGAUCAUCGCAAGUGCCGCAAUCGGAUCCCGACCACACCCCGGAACCUUCGGAGAGCGCCAAGAGCUCCGACGCCAGCAGCCAUCAAUGCCUUCAGUGCGACAAAAAGUGCCCCUCCCACGCUUAUUUGGUGGCGCACAUGGUCAUACAUACCGGGGAGAAACCGUUUACUUGCUCGGUCUGCGGGCAAAGUUUCUCCUUCAGGCAGAAUAUGCUGAGACACGAGAAGCAACACUAUGGCCGGAAACCUUUUCAGUGCUCGGUUUGUAGUAGGAGGUUCUCGAAUCGAGGGCUGCUGCUAUCUCACUUAAGCUUGCACGUGGGCGAGGGGGAUUUGCGAUCCAGCGAUCCGAGUCAACGUCCGGCGACGCGAGAAGUUGGCGACGACGUGCCUUCCGAAGCGGACACGGAUGACGUGACAUGCAACUCUUCGGACGCCUGUUACAGCGACGACGGCGAAGAAGCUUUGAGGACUAGAAAGAAGUUUAAAGAUGGCGCAGACACGCAGCAGGGCUCGGUGUCAAAACUGGAAGAGCCCCCCGACAUGACCGCAGCACCGCAGAGCAGUUGGGAUGGAGAGCGGCUUCAAGGGGGAGGGAGGAUGACGGCCGAGGCUGCGGGAUCAGACAUGGAUGAUACCUCAGAUUCCGAAAGGGAGAAAGCUUCCGCUUCCUCAUUGAGCGGUGAAAGAUUCUCCUUUAAGGUACACGAAGCUAGCGGCUCUGCUUGUGUGGAAAAUUCCCAGACGAGAGCGACGCCCGACUCUGACCUCAGACGACAUGCCGAAAACCCAACGGAAGACUCUUUGACCACCGACAAGAACAGACACUGCUGGGAAUGCAAGAAAACCUUUGCGACGAGGGCCGGUUUGAGAAGACACAUGGCGCAGCACACGGGAGAGAAACCUUACCCCUGCCCGUUCUGUGACAAAAGAUUCAGUUUGAAGGAAUAUUUGAGCAGGCACACAAUGAUACACACCGGCUGGAAUUGUCCGGUUUGUGGUGACAGUUUUCUCAAAAGAUCGGAUUUCGCAAGACACAUGACGACUCACGCCGUCGAGAAUCCUGCGCGGUCAGAGAACGCGACGCACGCUGUCGAAAAUCCUGCGCGGUCAGAGAGCGCGACGCACGCCGUUGAGAAUCCUGCGCGGUCAGAGAACGCGACGCACGCCGUUGAGAAUCCUGCGCGGUCAGAGAACGCAACGCAAAUCGUCGCGGUCAAGAAUCCUGCGCAGUCGGAGAACGCUACGCAUGCCGUCGAGAAUCCUGCGCGGUCAGAGAGCGCAGCGCACGCUGUCGAGAAUCCUGCGCGGUCAGAGAGCGCAAAGCACGCAGUCGAGAAACCUGUCCGGUCAAACAAACGCGUGAAAAAACGCAGCAAGAAACAGAUUAAGUGUCCAAUUUGCGGAAAAAGUUUUAUGGACAAAUCGUACAUCACAAGCCAUAUGAGAAUACACACCGGGGAAAAACCUUUCCAGUGCAGCUUGUGUCUUAAAAGAUUCUGUUUUAAGUACAGGAUUAAAAAACACAAAUGCUGCGGGGACAACAAAAGCACUCCUGAAGAAGCAGGACGCCCCACCGCUAAUGAAAUGACUAUGUAACAAGCUCACAGUUUGUCUACUUGCUUUAGAAAAAAAAAAAAAGCUAUCCAGCAUAUUCAACUUGCUUUCUAUGAAAAUGUUCUUCUGGCACUGACAUUGCUCAUCUUUGCUCACCCAAACCUACCAGCACCCGCACUCUCCAUUAACCCUUGCCUCCACUAUUGUUUGAUCUUCUGAAACAAAUAAGAAAUCUCACCUCACUUCACCCUAAUAUCAUUCUUUAAAAGGUAACUAAGGGAUGGACAGCAUUAUUUUAAGUUAUUGGGUAGACGGAGUCUAAUCGGCAAAAAUAUAUUGAUAUAUGCUGUUCUUGGCAGUACAAUAGUUGGCGCUGUCCUACAGCAGUUUGACACACCCGUGAACCAUCAUUUGCUUCCGAAAGUAUGUUUUUUUUGUUCACAAUUUGUUAUUGUGUUAAAGGAUAUUUUACAUAUCUAAUGUACUAAAUGUGUCGGCGCUCUGUAUUGCAGCUCCUGUUGUUUUUUUUAUUGAACCUUUAAUUCAUCAUGUGCUAUGACGUCAUGCGUUAUGUGUCUGUAUCAAUUGUACGAUUUUGCUAUGUUUAUUUUGCUUUAUCUUAAGUUUUGUCGUCAGCAGCCAGGUCGCCAAUCGGAAAUGCUGUCAGUCGCCUUACCUGGAUAUGUAAAGAUUAAAUAAAUGACCUUGAGAGGUCCUCUGUUUAUGCUCA